GCCUUAAUGCUGCUGUCUCGCUCCUCACCAGAACUGCAGCUCCAAUGCUGGACCUUCACAGCCGUCGGGACCUCACGUACAGAAAAACACUCCCAAUGUUGCAUCGGUCGGCGAUUUAUCUCCGUGGUGGCGGAUAAGGACCAACCCACGCUAAACGAAUUAGCAAAUGUCAUGAAGCAAGUAUUAGAUGUUCUCCAGGACUCGACGAUCGCAUCGAAGAGUGGCAAGGACAAUAGGUCUCGUUUCUCGGGGGUGUACAAACGAGUCGCAGAGGAGCACGACGUCGAGUUUCUCGAGCGAUACACUACUGACAUGGACCUUUUCUCUGCUGUCAGCACAUCUCUCAUUGUCACGAUGGUGUCCAAUCUCAGUCCCGACCCCAGUAAUAUCACGAAUGCCCUUUUGAAGCAACUUGUUCAAAUCGGACCGGGCAAUCUCGCUGCAGCGGGCUCCACACUCACAGACCCAGCAUCUACGUGGUUUCCGAGCGCGCCGACCUUAUGGAUCCAAACGAUCGCAUGUGCAAGCUUGUCCAUGAGUUUGCUCGCCGCGUUCUGGGUCGUACUAUGUAAGCAGUGUAUACUCUGUGCUCAUUUCACUACCCAGGCCCUGUACAUAUGGCCGGCACAUUCGCACGACGAUCUCUUCAGCAAUUAA